UCUCAUCACUCCAUAAGGAAGAUAACAGAUCUUCUUGUUCCGAUCGAGUCUCUCCCCGAGUCCCCUCUCUCUCUCCCUCUCUAAAACUCUUAUUUUCCUUCGUAAGCGAUGGAACUAGCGUUGUCUCUCGGCGACAAUACGAAGAAACAAUUCCCUUUUUUGGAGAAGCACUCGAAGAUUAAUAAUCCAUCUGCCUCGUCGACCUCAACUUCCGACAAGGAUCUUGGGUUCUGCAUGGGUUUAGAUGUUGCUUUUGCUGGUCACAGAUCGUUAUCAUCCUCUUCGUCUCCCUCGGUAGAGGAUGUGAAGGAUUUAGGGUUUCGUCUUCUGUAGAUCCACCACUACAGCUUCAGCUUCACUUCCCUAAUUGGCUCCCUGAGAACGGUCGGCAAGAAGGACGAAUACUCUCAGGAGUAGCUACGGUGGUGGCAGAAGAGGAAGAUGAGGUGGAGGAAGCGGUGCCUAGUAUGUCAGUAUCGCCUCCGAACAGUGUAACUUCGUCGUUCCAAUUGGACUUUGGGAUUAAGAGUUAUGGUUACGAGAGAAGAAACAACAAGAGAGAUAUUGAUGAUGAAGUGGAGAGGUCAGCUUCAAGAGCCAGCAACGAAGACAACGAUGACGAAAACGGAUCCACCAGGAAAAAACUAAGACUCUCUAAAGACCAGUCAGCGUUUCUUGAAGACAGCUUCAAAGAACACAGUACCCUUAAUCCUAAACAGAAGAUUGCAUUGGCGAAACAGUUGAAUCUUCGUCCUCGUCAGGUUGAAGUUUGGUUUCAAAACAGACGAGCCAGGACAAAGCUGAAGCAAACGGAAGUGGACUGUGAAUACCUAAAGAGAUGCUGUGAGUCAUUAACCGAAGAAAACCGGAGGCUUCAAAAAGAGGUUAAAGAAUUGAGAACCUUGAAGACUUCCACACCGUUCUACAUGCAACUUCCGGCCACUACUCUCACUAUGUGCCCUUCUUGCGAACGUGUUGCCACCUCAGCAACACAGCCGGCCACGUCAGUUUCCCAAAACCUAGGUUUGGCUACGUCACCGUUGCACUGUCCGGUUAAGCCUCGUUCGGCCAAACAAGUUUCAUGAGAAGCACGUGCGAAAUAAAUGGUUACAGUUUUAGCGCAAACGGUCGAGUGUGCAUGGUUUAAAUUUGGGUCUUCUUGUGUAUAUUUAGAUUUACUUUUCAUAUUAUUUGGGACGACCGUCUCCAAUUUUAAAAGAGGAAUAGAUCGACUAUCUGGUCAGUGUUUUGUUUUUCUUGGAUGGAACCGGAUUAUAAAAAAAAACACAGAUGGAGGAAAAGGGUUGACAUCA